UCAAAUUCAACGGUAAGUCAAUUUUCGAUUAUAAGUGCAUUUUUGGCAGCUGCGUUAACAUCAGUAUUUACUGUUGCUGAUACAAAAAUUGAAAAUCAACAAAAAUUAAAUUUGAAAACAAAAUUUAUCAACGUUUUAAGAACAAAAUGAGUAAACAGGAUAUUGAAACUUCUUUGGAUGAAUCACCCAGUAAGCGAAUCAAAUUAGAAACUCCUCGAAAUGAUGAAAAAGAAAAUAUAUGUUUAAGAAAAUUUAAAAAAAUUCCUAUAUUUAUAGUUGAAUACCAUAAUGAUGUUCUCGAAUUUAUUUAUCGUUGUUUUGGUUCUCGUCAUUUGCCACUUUACAACAAUACAAUAAUACACUUUGAUUCACAUCCAGAUAUGGUAAUAUCAAAUGACAUUGAGCCAGAAUUGAUUUAUGACAAAAAUAAACUUUUAGAAAACUUAAGCAUUGAAAAUUGGAUAAUGCCAACAUGUUAUGGUGAACAUUUAAAAAAAAUCGUUUGGAUAAAAAAUUCAUGGUGUCAACAAAUUCAUUGUGGUGAAUUUAAAUUCAAUAUUGGUGAUUAUGAUAAUGAAUUAUAUGUUGAUUUAAAAAUACCAUAUUUUAUAUCUGAGGGAAAUUAUUGCUCCAAUGAUAAAUUAAAUAAUAAAAAAGAAAUUCACUUAAAAGUAAUUGAGAUUGAUAAUGAAAGAAACAAUAAUAAUAAAAUAGAAGAAGAUAAAAUUUUGAAAGAAGAAUCUGAUAAUAAAGGAGGAAAUUUUUCAAAUAUAAAUGAAUUCAUAACUGAUAAUAAUUUAAUUUUGGAUAUUGAUUUAGAUUAUUUUUCAACAGCAAAUCCAUUUUUAAAUAUUUAUGAAAAAAUUGAUUGCUAUAAAAGGAUAACAGAAAUUUUUGAUUAUAAAAUUAAUGAAAAUAAUUUUGAAAUUGAUUAUGAAAAAAGAAAAUUUCAAUUGAAAAAUUUAAAGGAAAUAUUUCAAUACUUGGAUUAUCAUAGAGAUAUUAAUGAAAAUGUUGAAAUAUUAAUUGAAAAUGAUAUAAUAAUAAUUGAAAAAAUUUUAGAAUUAAUUAAAUUAAUAAAAGAAAAUUAUAAUGAUAAUGAAAUUGAUUGGAUAUUAAUUUAUAAUGCUGGUUGUACAAGUGACAAUAACGGCUUACCACAUUUCAUUAGCCCAGAUGAAACAUUAAAUAUUUAUUUUGAUAGUUUUAAAAAUUUUCUUAAAAAUUUGAAAUAUGAACCAAUCGCAAUUACUAUAUCAAGAUCAACUGAAGAUGGUUAUUGUCCAUCUAAUAAAGUUGAUUUUAUUCAACAAAAUGUUAUUAACAUUUUGCAAUCAAUUUAUCGUGAUAAAUUGAAUUCAAAUCCAAUUUUAUGGUAUGAAGAAACUAAUUGGGACAUUACGAAAUUAUAA